AUUGUUCAUGAUAUAAAUAGAGCCCUCAUGUAAUGUGACUUUCAUGAAAUCUGACUUACACCUAUAUAUAUACAGGUAGUAUAGUUUAGUCUUUCCUUCUUAACAUUUUACUUUGCGAGUGGUUCCUCCAAGAACUCCAAUUAUGAACACAGACGAAGUGAUCGAGUUUUUAGGUUGCGUUCCUCUUCUACAGAGACUCCCGAGCUUGUCUCUCCGGAAAAUCGCCGAAGUCGUCACUGUUAAACACUACGAUCGCGGGGACUAUGUUGUUCGUGAAGGCGAGGUUGGGGAUGGAGUUUACUUCAUUUGGGAUGGAGAGGCUGAAGUAUGCGACUCGGUCCAUGCCGAUGACGAAAAUCGUCCUGAAUUCCAGUUGAAUCGUUAUGAUUAUUUUGGUCAUGGUACUGCUACAUCUGCUCCAAAUGCUGAUGUGAUUGCAUUGUCCAAGCUGACCUGUUUAGUGCUGCCCCAUGAGUAUUGUGAUCUGCUACAACCAAACUCAAUCUGGAGUGCAGAUAAAACAAUUGAGACAUGUUCACCUGUGGAGAAUAUAUUGCAAUUGGACCCUUUAGAUGUGAACAUUUUCCGGGGGAUUACCUUGCCGGAUGCUCCAAGUUUUGGGAAGGUGUUUGGAGGACAGUUUAUCGGGCAGGCACUGGCUGCAGCAUCGAAAACUGUUGAUUGUCUUAAGGUAGUUCAUAGUCUGCAUUGCUACUUCCUUCUUGUUGGGGAUCUUGACCUGCCAAUCAUAUAUGAAGUUCACCGUGUACGUGAUGGAAAAAGUUUUGCUACCCGAACGGUAGAUGCAAUACAAAAAGGCAAUGUUGUAUUCACAUUGCUUGCUUCAUUUCAGAAAGAAGAAGAAGGGUUUGAUCACCAGGUACCAGUGAUGCCCUCUGUGCCUGAUCCAGAAACGCUUUUGUCAAUGGAAGAGGUGAGAGAGAGACGUCUCACUGAUCCCCGUCUUCCCAGAACUUACCGGAACAAGGUUGCCACUGCAAAGUUUGUACCAUGGCCCAUAGAGAUAAGAUUUUGUGAGCCCAGUACUGCUACCAAUCAAACUAAAUCUCCUCCAAGUUUGAGGUAUUGGUUUAGAGCUAAAGGAAAACUUUCAGAUGACCAGGCUUUGCAUAGAUGUGUAGCGGCAUAUACUUCAGAUCUGAUAUUUCUUUCUGUGAGUCUGAAUCCUCACCGGAAGAAGAAUUUAAAAACAACUUCUGUCAGUCUAGAUCAUGCGAUGUGGUUUCACAGGCCACUUAGAGCCGAUGACUGGGUGUUGUUUGUGAUUACAAGUCCUGCUGCGUAUAAUGCACGUGGCUUUUGUUCUGGCCAAAUGUUUAACCGGAAAGGAGAGCUUGUUGCAUCAUUGAUUCAAGAGGGCUUAAUAAGGCAGGUGAAACCGCCCAAUUCUGCUCUCCCAUCAAAGCUUUAAUGCUUAUAUACGGCGAUGAUUAUCAUACUAUUGGGGCAAACCUUUUUCUACCCUGGUUCUUCAUUUUUACUCAUUAUUAUGCUCAAUAAAUUAUAGCAGUUUGUAUUUGCAAAUCUAAUCAUUCAAAUAAGUAGAGUUUAGAUGCCAUGACAUUUGUGCUGAAUUUUAAGUUGCAAAAACACAGUUGACCUAAUUGUGAUUACUGUCACAUUGUUUAAGGUAAUAAUUGGUCGAUUAGUUUACUUUAUUUGAUUGUGAGAGUUAAAAGGAACACCUUUCUUUGAAUAAUUAGAUUUGAGAACUCUUUUACA